AAUCAUAAACAUUGCAGCUGUCGGUGAUCGGCUGUGUGCACUGUUUGCUAAAAUAUUUGAACCGGUCCUACCGGUCCGCGCCGCGUUUGGAAAAUAGUAAACGAUCAUUGCACUGCUCCCUCCCUGGGGGUCUGCUUUAUCAAUAGUGCCGCAGCUGCGUUUCGUUGGGAAACUCACCCAUACGACCCCCCUCCCGACGACGUAUGGUGACAAAAGAAAGUGCGUACGCGGGUGUCGUCGUGUGAUAUCGUCGUGCGUAAACAUCGGUUGCAAUUGCCCUGCGCACGGCGUACCGUCGCGGAUGACUUUUUGACAACAGCGCUUUCUGCGGGUGACAAUAGAAACAAUCGGGCAGUGCAAACGAUCGUGCGUGACAAACCAAAAAAGAACAGGGAAAACCUGGUCCAGGUGGGCGUGUACUGCUGUCGUGUUGUGUGAUCGCAAUUGAGGGGAAUUUUGUGUGCGCCUUGGCAUCGGAACGGGCAAAACGAUGGCGUUCUUCUUUAACUUUGUCGCCAUCAGCUUCUUCCUGUACCACCUGGUGCGGCUGAUAAUGUGGGCCGUGCUGGAUUCGGACAUCGAACUGUUCUUUCUCUCCAAAUUGGGCAGACCCAUCUCCUCACUUCGGGGGAAAGUGGUAUGGAUUACUGGAGCAUCCAGCGGCAUCGGGCGCGAUCUGGCCAUUGCACUGGCCCGGCAAGGUGUUAAGCUGUGCAUUUCCGCACGUAACAUUUCCGAACUGCUGAAGGUGAAGCAAGCUUGUAUAGCACAAUCAAACGGAAGUCUCGGGCCGAACGAUGUGUACGUGCUAGAGAUGGAUAUGCUCCAUCUGAACCACCACAACGAUUACUUCAACAUGGUGCUGGACCACUUCAAAACGGUCGACAUUCUGGUGAACAAUGCGGGACGCUCGCAGCGGGCCGAGUGGGGCUCGAUCAACAUCAAGGUCGACCGGGAGCUGUUUGAGCUGGAUGUGUUUGCUGUGAUCAAUCUUUCCCGUGUGGCGCUCAACUUUUUCGCCCGCAACUCGAUGAAGGGCCACCUGGUGGUGACGAGCAGUACGGCGGGCCUUAUCGGGGCCCCGAACUCCGGUACCUACACCGGUGCCAAGCAUGCGCUCCAUGGCUACUUUGAAGCACUAAGAAACGAAUACCCCAACGUGCACGUUACGAUGUUCUGUCCCGGACCGACGGCCACGAACUUUCUGCAGGAGUGCUUCACCGAUACUCCCGGCGCAAAAUACAACCAAACCGUGCAGCCGACCGAUCGGCGUAUGACAAGCGAACGAUGCGGUCAUCUGUACGCAUUGGCCAUUGCCAACAAGACCCACCUGAGCUGGGUCGGAACGUUCCCGAUCAACUUUCUGCUGUACAUUGGCUGCUACUACCCGAACUUGAAGCGAGUCCUGCUGAAAAUUAUUGGCAUGGAGCGUUUGCAGCGUGUUCGCGACAGCCGGUAAAUUGGCGCUAAUGAAUUGAAAUAAAGCAGAACAAGCCUACUGGGUUGCAGCAAAACAGCGCACACACACAUACACCGGGCAGCGGGACAUGGAGCGGCCACCCAAUGUUUUACAUUCCAAAGUGCCUAAUACACGCGUAACUCUCACGUGUCCUACGUUCAUACAGCAUCAACUUCGCCGCAUCCAAUCCACACACACGUUUCCAGAACGAAGCAGCAUUUUACUGGUCAAUUAUUUAAAGUGUUUUUUUUUUCUAUCUUUCUUUAGUACAAUUUACACUAUCAUUCUCGUUUACCACGAUAUUAGCGGAUGUGUUGUCUUUUUUCUACUUAAAUUAUUUAAGCACUAUUAUUAACUUUUUCUUGUAAUCGUGCAUCGCAUUUAGGUUGUAGCAUUAUAAUUUUUACAUGUUUUUUUUUGUUUUGUUGUAAAGUACCGCUUACACAAUGCUUUUAGAUGAAAUUAUUUAAUAAAGAUAUGCUCUUGUUUCUCGACAGAGUUCCACCACA